CCGUUAAACCUCAUCGAAGAAGAAUAAGAAAAUUCAACGGAAGAAGAAGGAAGCUGAACUCCGUCACAGCACCGUCUAUUUUGCUCCAGUUUUGUGUGGUUAGCUACAUCAACUAGCCAUCCCGUCUCUGUCAGUUUCUUGAAAUUCCACUCACGUUUUUUGGGCGGGAUUCUCUAAACGGGGUAGAGGUAGGUGUAUUCGGGAUACAGUAAUUGCACAAUUCGUUGUUGAACCGAGACACUAUCUCUGAAACAACGGGCCUGCGCAGGCACCCGUUGGCGAUAGCCCUGACAGGCACAAUGAGCUUGGAGCAACAGAGCGACAGCGUGGACGCGGACGAGUCGCAGGACAGGUCUAGCAGCAGUAGGCUGUCGGACAAGGAACAGGACCCGGAGACAGACGACUCCGACGAUGAAGGCAAGACGCCGGCGCUUCCUCCGCAGAGCAGCCGAGAGGAGAGUGGCCCUAACCUGAGAAGCUCCAGGUCGGAUUUCGCAGCGGCGGAGGACAAUCCCCGGUGUCAGCCGAAUGUACAAGGCGCCUCGGGGCAGGGGGGUACCGCUAUGGCUGGCCCAGGUUCGGUUGAGAGUAACUCCAACAGCCUGUUCUCCAUGCUACAGAGCAGGACUAUUAGGAGAGGGCUGUUCGUGGAUCCAUCUAGGGAUAACUUUAGGACAAUGACGAACUUGUAUUCUUCCAUGAGUCCGGCUGCAGACUCGGUCAACCUCAAUACCCAAACUCAUGGCGCGGUGUUCAAUUUGGAAUACUCCCCCGACGGGUAAGGACAGGAUGAAAUUGAUUUUUACGUGUUUGUUUGUUUUGUGUACAUUUUUAGACAGAAGUUUUAUCCAUAUUUGUGCAAGAUGGUAAUAGGAAAGCUAGUUAAGUUGUAUGAUCAGUAGUCACAAUCCACAGACAGACCUUUUUUACAUUACACAAGUUGACCAGGAAGAACCAACUUAUCCAGGAGUCGUAGGGGAGGGCCUGUUUCUGUUGUGACCUUACGUCCCACCCCUCCACAGGUCUGUCCUGACAGUGGCCUGUGAGCAGACAGAGGUUCUCCUGUUUGACCCCAUCUCCUCCAAACACAUCAAGACCCUGGUGGAGGCGCAUGAAGACUGUGUCAACAACAUCAGGUAGGAUAGCUAGCUGGGUGUUGUCUGCCCCAGUAUCUGGUCGUUAGAGAUGUCGACGAGGAGCAUGAGGUGUCUCCUCUCUUAACGUCCAGGAAGCUCAGAUUCAAACUGCCCUUAGACAGCUCUGCAAGCUUUAAUGUCAAAAUAUGUUCGUUGUUCACCAAAUGUAGAGUUUCGCUGAGCAACUGUCAUCAUUUACGGCCGGCAUGUACUUCCAAAAAAAGGUCUUAAGUAAAAAUGUACAAGCAACCAAAAAAAAAAAAGCAUUUUCAACACAACAACAGCAAUCACUCAUAAUUGCCACGCAGAGGUCUGAAGUCUACAACAGCUCAAUACGUUGGAGGUGCCGAAGAGGCAUUUUUACACCUUUUCUGGAAGUACAUACUAGCUGUAAACAGGACUAAAUGAUGAUAGUUGCUCAGCGAAACUCCCACACCCGUCGCUAUGGGCGGGCCAUAGGGGGCCGGGCCCGCCCCAAAAAUGCUUGUGCCCCCCCCCCCCCACUUGAGGGAAUGUAUUAUUAAAUAUACGUACUGUAGGCUAAUAAUAAUUGUGCCCUGCCCUCCCAUGCAUUUCAUAUGCCCCCCUUAAGACUGAGGUCUGGCGAUUUCGGUGACAUUAAAAAUGUUGUGUUUAGAUGCAAGUAAUUGUCUGUGCAAUUGUGAUAUGAAGUGUGCAUGAUUGAGCUCCAACUUAUCUUAGGGGUAGCAGCUUUGUAAAUCAAACAGAAUGCUAUUGAUGAUUUAAAGGGGCAGUCUGGGAUUCCAACAACAACAAAGCGUAGACCCCGCCAUAUUCUGUGAGUAACGAACAUAUUUUGGACAUUAUAACAACUUGCAGAGCUGUCUACUGGCAUUUUUAAUGGGAGCUUCCUGGGCGUUAAGAGAGGAGACACCUCAUACUCCUCGACGACAUCUCCAGCCCAGACUUUCUCUAACCUCUCCCCAGGUCCACCCAGCCGUUCCAUGUAUUGGAACUAUUCCAGUCUCCAGCCCAGACUUUCUCUAACCUCUCCCCAGGUCCACCCAGCCGUUCCAUGUAUUGGAACUAUUCCAGUCUCCAGCCCAGACUUUCUCUAACCUCUCCCCAGGUCCACCCAGCCGUUCCAUGUAUUGGAACUAUUCCAGUCUCCAGCCCAGACUUUCUCUAACCUCUCCCCAGGUCCACCCAGCCGUUCCAUGUAUUGGAACUAUUCCAGUCUCCAGCCCAGACUUUCUCUAACCUCUCCCCAGGUCCACCCAGCCGUUCCAUGUAUUGGAACUAUUCCAGUCUCCAGCCCAGACUUUCUCUAACCUCUCCUCAGGUCCACCCAGCCGUUCCAUGUAUUGGAACUAUUCCAGUCUCCAGCCCAGACUUUCUCUAACCUCUCCCCAGGUCCACCCAGCCGUUCCAUGUAUUGGAACUAUUCCAGAGUUAACACACCUGAUUCAACUUGUCGACUAGUUAUCAAGCCCUGGACUAGUUAUCAAGCCCUGGACUAGUUAUCAAGCCCUGGACUAGUUAUCAAGCCCUGGACUAGUUAUCAAGCCCUGGACUAGUUAUCAAGCCCUGGACUAGUUAUCAAGCCCUGGACUAGUUAUCAAGCCCUGGACUAUUUCAAGCCCUGGACUAGUUAUCUAAGCCCUGGACUGUUAUCAGCCUGUUGAUCUACCUUGCAUCAGCUGUGCCUGCUUCGAGUUUUCUUAAUGCCCUGCUUCUCCUCUGUCUUCCUGCCUCUCCUGCCUCUCCUGUCUUCCUCCUGUCCCCUUCUCCUGCCUUCUUCUCUCCUGCUUCUCCUGUCUUCCUCCUGUCUUUCUCCUGCCUUCUCCUGUCUUCUCCUGCCUUCUCCUGUCUUCUCCUGUCUUCUCCUGCCUUCUCCUGCCUUCUCCUGUCUUCUCCUGCCUUCUCCUGCCUUCUCCUGACUUCUCCUGUCUUCUCCUGCCUUCUCCUGUCUUCUCCUGUCUUCUCCUGUCUUCUCCUGUCUUCUCCUGCCUUCUCCUGCCUUCUCCUGUCUUCUCCUGUCUUCUCCUGCCUUCUCCUGUCUUCUCCUGCCUUCUCCUGUCUUCUCCUGUCUGUCUGUACGCUAGCUGGAUGUUCCCUAUCUCUGGUCCAGGGCAUUUACAUGUGACUAACCGAUGCUGAGCCUUGAGCAGGCCACACAUAACCUCCCUGGACCAGAGAUACUGCUGGCUGUUCCCAAGCCUUCUCCUUCCUGUCUGUCUCUGUCAGAAGUCUGUCAAUGCUGUUUGUCCUGUAAGUAAUCUCCCUAGGUCUGCUCCAGCCCUGAGACAUGGCUCUAUCCAGACUGCUUUGGUGUCCUAAGAAGACUGUCCUAGCAGACGGAUUCUCUACACAUCCAUGUCUCAUGGCUCUAUUUCAGCUAGAUUCCUCUCUCUCUGCGUCCGUCUCAAAACACAUUAGACAAUCAUGUCUCCCUGAGGGGAGGCACCCUGGACCUUCUCAUCCAAUACGGUUGAGAAGGUGGCGAGGAAAUGGAAGGCGAGGAAUCACAGAAAGACUGAGCCCCUUUGGGUCUUUGAGCCCCUUUGGGUCCUUUGAAAAGCGUUUUUCUAAAUGCCAUGUACAGUAUUGUUGUUAUAAUGUACGGGCUGCUCUUCUCUUCACAGGUUUCUGGACAACCGUUUGUUUGCCACGUGUUCUGAUGACACCACCAUAGCUCUGUGGGACCUGAGGAAGCUGAACUCUAAGGUGUGCUCGCUGCACGGUCACGCCAGCUGGGUCAAGAACAUCGAGUACGACACCAGCACACGACUCCUCGUCACCUCCGGCUUCGACGGAAACGUCAUCACCUGGGACACCAACAGGUGUGUGUCGACGUCUGUGAUAUGCCAGUGUCCAAUCUGUGAUAUGCCAGUGUCCAAUCUGUGAUAUGCCAGUGUUUGUACAACAGAAAUGGCAUGCUAUUCUCUAUAGAGUGACUACUAUACUAUAGUGCACUACCAAAGGUUUCUGGUCAACAGUAGUGCACUUAAAUAGGAUUAAGGUGGCAUUUGGGAUGUAGGCCCUGACUCCUCCUCUAUCUGACCUCUCCUCUACCUGACCCCUCCUCUAUCUGACUCCUCCUCUAUCUGACUCCUCCUCUAUCUGACUCCUCCUCUAUCUGACUCCUCCUCUACCUGACUCCUCCUCUACCUGACUCCUCCUCUACCUGACUCCUCCUCUACCUGACUCCUCCUCUCUCCUCUACCUGACUCCUCCUCUACCUGACCUCCUCCUCUCUCCUCUACCUGACUCCUCCUCUACCUGACCUCCUCGCUAUCUCCUCUACCUGACUCCUCCCUACCUGACUCCUCCUCUACCUGACUCCUCCUCUCUCCUCUACCUGACUCCUCCUCUACCUGACUCCUCCUCUACCUGACUCCUCCUCUCUCCUCUACCUGACUCCUCCUCUACCUGACUCCUCCUCUCUCCUCUACCUGACUCCUCCUCUACCUGACUCCUCCUCUACCUGACUCCUCCUCUCUCCUCUACCUGUAGGUUUACGGAGGAUGGCUGCCCCCACAAGAAGUUCUUCCACACGCGCUACCUGAUGAGAAUGCGUCUGACACCAGACUGUUCCAAGAUGCUGAUCUCCACAUCAUCAGGCUACCUGCUGAUCCUCCAUGACCUGGACCUCACACAGUCUCUGGAGGUCGGCAGCUACCGGAUGCUGCGGGCCAGACGCACCCCCCUCAGCCCAGGUGAGACCCUGUCACUGCAUCACCCCCCUCUCCCCCAUCAUUUCAUUUUCAUUUCAUUUUAGUCAUUUAGCAGACGCUCUUAUCCAGAGCGACUUACAGGAGCAAUUAGGGUUAAGUGCCUUGCUUAAGGGCACAUCGACAGAUUUUUCACCUAGUCGGCUCGGGGAUUAGAACCAGCGACCUUUCGGUUACUGGCCACAACGCUCUUACCCACUAAGCUACCUGCCGCCCUCAUCCAUCCUCACCCCCCCCUCAGCCCAGGUGAGACCCUGUCACUGCAUCACCCCCCUCUCCCCCAUCCUCACCCCCCUCAGCCCAGGUGAGACACUGUCACUGCAUCACCCCCCUCUCCCCCAUCCUCACCCCCCCCCCCCCUCAGCCCAGGUGAGACCCUGUCAUGGCAUUACCCCCCUCUCCCCCAUCCUCACCCCCCCCUCAGCCCUCUCAGCCCAGGUGAUUAAUGUGAAUCUGUCUCUAGAUGGUUCAGCGUCUGCUUCGAGGUCAAGUGGGGCUCCUCGACAGGGGAACGACUCCAGCAAGAUCCACCCUCACAGAGAAGGUCAGUCUGAGGAAUAUUAGGCUUACUUUAGACAUUACAAGUCUAUUGGAAAACAACCAUUCAAACACAAGCUAUUAGGUAGCUGAAUAAACUCCACUCCACGGUGAAGGAACUUUCUAAUGAACUCCACCCACGGAGUGGAGCGGAGACCAGGUUUGUGGAAUAUGGCUCCGACUACAUUGAUUCUCCCAUAUUAUGUGUGACAAACAGGUGCUGUUAGAUUAGAAUAUAAUUUUUCUGCCUGUUUGGAACAGUGUAAACAACCUUAAAUAAAUUAUAAGUCAUACCAUCCUGUUCUAACGAAGAAAAAGGUUUUAUUACGGCAUAGCAAAUAUUAAAAACAGCAGAAUUUGUGAAAUUGCUUUAUCCGACAUUUUGCCGUUGCUUGGUGCUCACGGAAUCCGUAGGCUAUUUAAAUAAACAGUCAAACAGGCAGCAGAAGCGGAUCGGUCUUAUUUCUGUAGAUAUGGAGGAUUUAUAAAGCCCGGACAGUUUAACAGUUAGGCUGUUGAUUACAGACCUAAUUAAAUUGGGGUUUCUGCUCUCCUCAAUGUUCUUAGACAAUAAGGGCUGUUUCCUCGUCUCCUGCCUCCCGCUUUAGUUCUCAAUCCCAAUAUGCUGGUGUCCCAACCUUUGCUGUUAUGCACAUAGCAACAUGGGGAAAGGAGCCAAUUCUACGGCGCACUGAAGAUUAUGUUUCAGAGCCGCGGACAGCGACCGUAUCCAACGCGGGAGAAGGCGCAUUUGUUAUAAAAUAAUAUUAGAUUUAUUAGUGUUGCACCAUUUUGUUAUUACGUAAUAUAACCGUAUACAAUUUCAGUAUCACGUGUCUUUUGAGUGAUGGACUGUGCCGUUCCUGUGGCCUCCCAAUGGAUCAGUCCACUGAGACAGGAGCCAAUCAAACUGGUGUCUUGAGCGCCAUGAAAAAUCAUUCUAGUAAUUGCGACUGCUCGACUAAAGAAAUCUGUCGACCAACAGCCUAUCGACCAAACAAUCGACGAGUCGACUAAAUGGGGUCAGCCCUAGUUGGCUGUCGGUGUGUUGUGUUGACUGUCGGUGUGUUGUGUUGACUGUCGGUGUGUUGUGUUGACUGUCGGUGUGUUGUGUUGACUGUCGGUGUGUUGUGUUGACUGUCGGUGUGUUGUGUUGACUGUCGGUGUGUUGUGUUGACUGUCAGUGUGUUGUGUUGGCUGUGAGUGUGUUGUGUUGACUGUCGGUGUGUUGUGUUGACUGUCGGUGUGUUGUGUUGACUGUCGGUGUGUUGUGUUGACUGUCAGUGUGUUGUGUUGACUGUCUGUGUUGUGUUGACUGUCAGUGUGUUGUGUUGACUGUCAGUGUGUUGUGUUGACUGUCAGUGUGUUGUGUUGACUGUCUGUGUUGUGUUGACUGUCUGUGUGUUGUGUUGACUGUCUGUGUUGUGUUGACUGUCAGUGUGUUGUGUUGACUGUCGGUGUGUUUAGUUGACUGUCGGUGUUGUGUUGGCUGUUGUUGUGUUUAGUUGACUGAGUUUUGUUGUGUUGACUGUCGGUGUGCUGUGUUGCUUCCCCCGUCUAUGUUAUGUGUUGACUAAGGCUGUGGAUGACUGUAAUUAGCCAGCCAAAUGACCACGGUCACAGUAAUAACCGUUGGAAUUAUUAGUGUUUUUUUAAUGCCCAUUUUCUCCUCUCCUCCGCUCCUGACUGCGUGUGCUGCCAUAGAAAUAGAAUGAAUAGAACAGGUGUUUUAGUUUUUUACGGUUAUGAUGAUUAUUUUAUUUUCAUAAUUGUCGGUUAGACGUACACGGUUUGAAGGUCAUUGUGCCAGCCCUAGGGUUGACUUCAUGUUGCUGCCCUCUCCCUCUCCCAGGUCUCUCCCCCAGGAACAGUUUAGAGGUGUUGACUCCAGAGAUCCCAGGAGAGAGGGACCGGGGAAACUGCAUCACCUCUCUCCAGCUUCACCCUAAAGGAUGGGCCGCCCUCAUCCGGUGCUCCUCCAACAUGGAUGACCAGGAGGUGAGUCACCUGACCCCCCAAAACCCCCAGGAGGUAACUUUCACCACACAGCACCCCGACAUCUACACACAGCACCCCGACAUCUACACACAGCACCCCGACAUCUACACACAGCACCCCGACAUCUACACACAACCCCCCGACAUCUACACACAGCACCCCGACAUCUACACACAGCACCCCGACAUCUAACACAACCCCCGACAUACACACAACCCCGACAUCUACACACAACCACCCCGACAUCUACACACACCCCCGACAUCUACACACAGCACCCCGCACAUCUACACACCACACCCCCCCAUCUACCCACAACCGCACCCCGACAUCUACACGCACCCCGACAUCUACACCACCCCCGACAUCUACACACAGCACCCCGACAUCUACACACACACCCCCAUCCAACACCCCCUCUACCACACACACCCCCCACAUCUACCACACAGCACCCCGACCAACGACCCGAUCUCACCCACCCCCUCACACACCCCCCGACAUCUACACACAGCACCCCCCACAUCUACCACACCCCCCCCGACAUCUACACACACCCCCCGACAUCUACCACACCCCCCCCGACAUCUACACACACACCCCCCCUCCCCCCCCCACUACCACACCCCACUCCACCACAUCUACCACACCACCCCGACAUCUACACACACACCCCCCCGACAUCUACACACAACCCCCCACACUACACACCCCCCGCACUACACCCCACCCCGACAUCUACCGCACCCCGAAACACACAGCAACCCCGACAUCUACACACAACCCCCGACAUCUACACACACCCCCGACUCUACCGACCUCUACAACGCCCCCGAAUCCACACGCAACAUCUCACACACGCCCCCCGCCGCAUUAACACAGCACUCCCCACCCGACCAUCUACACCAACCCCAGACCAUCUACACACAGCCAAACCGCCCCGACAUCUACACACAACCCCACGACAUCUACACACAGCACCCUGACAUCUACCUCAUGGUUCUCCUUUAACAUAACGCCAAAGUGUUUUUUUGUGUUACAGCCUGAAUUUAAAAUUGAUGAAGUUGAGAUUUUUUGUCACUGGUCUACACACAAUACCCGAUAAUGUCAAAUUAAAAUUAUACUUUGGCAUUGUUGAAUACUUGUUUCUGAUUGGCAUGAAGGGCAUUCUAGAGCGUGCAUUAUUUCCCUGUAACACACGGUAUAUCAACACAGUAGAAUUCAAUGGCUGUAGUUCAUUCUUACAUGUUCUGUUUGAGCUGCUUUUGAAAGCAAAAGUCGAAUUUGAAAACAUUUGGCGUUGUUGAAUUGGAUUUUCAUAAUGGCAAGCUAGGACUGGCGGUUUGGUUAGCUAAACUAGCAGGUCUGUUUGUUUGGUUACCACGGCAACUAUUGUAUCUUGUAAACCUGCUAGCUACUUCAGUGGAUGUUGAACACAUUUCUACCAGCAAAUGAACAUAUUUCUAGAGGUAUAAAUGUGUUAAAUUAGAGCCAUGGAUGAUCAACUCGGGGCUCUAUGCAUUCUCUGGAAAAUAAUGCAACUCCAUGGGAUUUUCCAGUCGUUCAUCAUUUUCCAUAGAACGCAUAACCCCUCGUUAGGCUGGGCAAUAGAACGAGUCAAAAUUCACCCAAGGCUGAAAAACGGCAAAAUAACGUUGGUUAAGCUGGAUAACUAGCGAAUGAAUUGAAACGAACCUUCGCAGAGCCUCUUCUGACUGGAGUGAUGCUUAGAAUUCCAUUUUGCCUAAAAGGCACAAAAAAAUGUCUCCCUUUUUGUUUUACCACUACAAUCUGUAGUUGGGACGAAACUGGGGGAAAAACAACUUGUGUAGAAAAUAAACAUCCGCACCUCGACGGUGUCAACUGUGUUUAUGUCUGCGUAAUGAGGAAGUAGGGACAAAAUGAAAACUUCUGACUAUUGCUGGUCUAGUGAUCGAUGACAACCGAGGAUAUUCUCCUGAUUUUUAAAAUGGUGUCCGACUUGAAAUAAUGCAAAUAUACACAUUGUGAGAGAUUUGGCGAAAUAGACAGACAUACCCCUAUUCCCCCUGUAGGAAACAAUGGGACGACCUCAGAGUUCCAGGAGUAAAAAUAUAAUUUUGAAGUUUGAACUACCAGCAAUUGAUCACAGCAUACUAUGCUACCCACAUUUACAUAAUUAGAAAUAAUAGAUUAUCCUGAAUGAAAUGGUGUAGAACUUCAAAACAUCAAAAUACAUCCAUUUGGAGUUAUUUGGAGAAAUACAGACAUUGCCGUUAUGUUGGAAGUAGGAAUGUCUAAAAAGUGCAGUAUUUUAUUUAACCAGCUUCCUUGUUAAAAAAAAACACACUAAAGCAUCAAAACAUGGUUAAAACUAUAAUUUUUGUACCAAGGAUGGUCAGUCCUUCCAUCCAUAACUUAUCUAGCAGGAGACCGGUAGCUUAGCGGUUAAGAGCGUUGGAGCAGUAGCCCAAAGGUCGCUGGUUCGAAUCCCUGAGCCGACUGUAAAAUUAUGUCGGUGUGCCCUUGAGCAAGGCACUUUACAUUUUAGUCAUUUAGCAGACGCUCUUAUCCAGAGCGACUUACAGUUAGUGAGUGCAUACAUUUUCAUACUUAACCCAAUUGCUCCUGUAAGUUGCUCUGGAUAAUAAUGUUUGCUAAAUAAAAUAACUCUUGUCUAUACAUUUUAGUGGCUUCAUUUCUCCAGCCACAUCCCAGCUUUUUUUACCAAAACAGUGGGAGGCCACUUUGUUAUUGUUUCAACUGCUGAUUGGUGCUUUAAAAGGGGGUGUGACUGGCAGAUAAUGUUACCGAUCUUAAGAAAGUUUAAAAAAAAAUUUUUUUAACUAAAUGAAUGGUGUGUUUGGUUUAAGGGUAUAUGGACCAUUGUUGCAUUGUUCAUUGUUAUGCUGUAAAUGGCUAUUUUAUGGUUUUAAGUGAUAGAAUUAACUAACAAAUAUUGUAAUAUUAGUAAGGACACUGUGUUAACAAACCUCCAAACGAGCUUCAACGCCAUACAACACUCCUUCAGUAGCCUCCAACUGCUCUUAAACGCUAGUAAAACUAAAUGCAUGCUCUUCAAACGAACGCUGCUGGCACCCGCCCACCCGACUAGAAUCACUGCUCUCGACGGGUCUGACUUAGAAUAUGUGGACAACUACAAAUACCUAAGUGUCUGGUUAGACCGUAAACUCUCCUUCCAGACUCACAUUAAGCAUCUCCAAUCCCAAGUUAAAUCUAGAAUCGGCUUCCUAUUUCGCAACAAAGCCUCCUUCACUCAUGCUGCCAAACAUGCCCUCGUAAAACUGACUAUCCUACCGAUCCUUGACUUCGGCGAUGUCAUUUACAAAAUAGCCUCCAACACUCUACUCAGCAAAUUGGAUGUAGUCUAUCACAGUGCCAUCCGUUUUGUCACCAAAGCCUCAUACACUACCCACCACUGUGACCUGUACGCUCUUGUUGGCUGGCCCUCACUACAUAUUUGUCGCCAAUCCCACUGGCUCCAGGUCAUCUAUAAAUCUCUGCUAGGCAAAUCCCUGCCUUAUCUUAGCUCAUUGGUCACCAUAGCAACACCCACCCGUAGUCUGCGCUCCAGCAGGUAUAUCUCACUGGUCAUCCCCAAAGCCAACACCUCCUUUGGCCGCCAUUCCUUCCAGUUCUCUGCUGCCAAUGACUGGAACGAACUGCAAAAAUCUCUGAAGCUGGAGACUCUUAUCUCCCUCACUAACUUUAAACAUCAGUUGUCAGAGCACCUUACCGAUCACUGCACCUGUACACAGCCUUUCUGAAAUUAGCCCACCCAACUACCUCAUCCCCAUAUUGUUUUUUAUUUAGCUCAUUUGCACCUGGUUAAAUAAAGGUUAAAUUAAAAAAUGUUUUUAAAGGAUAUACACUAUAUUCAGUAACCUUAGGUAUAGAAACUGAUUGUCAGAUCGAUACAUGGCUUCAACAUUAUUAUUUCAACUGCUAAAUAAUUCCAAUAGAUGGCAGCAGUGAGAAUGAAGAUCAAUUUUCCCCCUGGAUAGAGACCCCCUGGUGGAGAAACUUAUUUUCCUAGUACAUUCAUUGUCAAAUUCGUCAGCCAGCAUCGAGCCGCUCUGCCUUCUCGCACAAGUAGCCAACUCGACAAGCCCGUUAGCGUGCACUCUGCCUUAUCGCGCAAGCAAAGGUCAUGUUGAGGUACAUUUGCUAACUGCGGGGGUUACACAAUGUAAUUUAUUGGCGGGCUGAAGCUGCAGUCUUUUUGUCUUUUCUGUCAAUGAGAUAUUAAGAUGACUAUAUAAUGCAUGUAUACUAGAGUUGAGGUUAGCGAAUCUGACUAGAUCCGGCUAUAGUUUAAUUUUUUUGCUCUCCCAAAAGCAACACAGGUUUAAUUCGAGAGAUACAGUGCCUUGCAAAAGUACUCAUUCCCCCUUGGCGUUUUUCCUAUUUUGUUGCAUUACAACCUGUACUUUAAAUGGAUUUUUAUUUGGAUUUCAUGUAAUGGACAUACACAAAAUAGUCCAAAUUGGUGAAGUGAAAUGGGAAAAAAGUAACUUGUUUCAAAAACUUAAGUGUCACAUGACCUCAGUGUAUAUACACCUGUUCUGAAAGGCCCCAGAGUCUACAACACCACUAAGCAAGAGGCACCACCAAGCAAGCAGCACCAUGAAGACCAAGGAGCUCUCCAAACAGGUCAGGGACAAAGUUGUGGAGAAGUACAGAUCAGGGUUGGGUUAUAAAAAAAUAUCCCACGGAGCACCAUUAAAUCCAUUAUAAAAAAAAAUUGAAAGAAUAUGGCACCAGAACAACCCUGCCAAGAGAGGGACGCCCACCAAAACUCACGGACCAGGCAAGGAGAGCAUUAAUCAGAGAGGCAACAAAGAGACCAAAGAUAACCCUGAAGGAGCUGCAACACAGCGGAGAUUGGAGUAUCUGUCCAUAGGACCACUUUAAGCCGCACACUCCACAGAGCUGGGCUUUAUGGAAGAGUGGCCAGAAAAAAGCCAUUGCUUAAAGAAAAAAAUAAGCAAACACGUUUGGUGUUCGCCAAAAGCCAUGUGGGAGAUUCCCCAAGCAUAUGGAAGAAGGUACUCUGGUCAGAUGAGACUAAAAUUGAGCUUUUUAGCAAUCAAGGAAAACGCUAUGUCUGGCACAAACCCAACACCUCUCAUCACCCUAGAACACCAUCCGCACAGUGAAGCAUGGUAGUGGCAGCAUCAUGCUGUGGGGAUGUUUUUCAUUGGCAGGGACUGGGAAACUGGUCAGAAUUGAAGGAAUGAUGGAUGGUGCUAAAUACAGGGAAAUUCUUGAGGGAAACCUGUUUCAGUCUUCUAGAGAUUUGAGACUGGGACGGAGGUUCACCUUCCAGCAGGACAAUGACCCUAAGCAUACUGAUAAAGCAACACACAAGUGGUUUAAGGGGAAACAUUUAAAUGUCUUGGAAUGGCCUAGUCAAAGCCCAGACCUCAAUCCAAUUGAGAAUAUGUGGUAUGACUUAAAGAUUGCUGUACACCAGCGGAACCCAUCCAACUUGAAGGAGCUGGAGCAGGUUUGCCUUGAAGAAUGGGCAAAAAUCCCAGUGGCUAGAUGUGCCAAGCUUAUAGAGACAUACCCCAAGAGACUUGCAGCUGUAAUUGCUGCAAAAUGUGGCUCUACAAAGUAUUGACUUUGGGGGGGUGAAUAGUUAUGCACACUCAAGUUCUCAGUUUUUUUGUUUUAUUUCUUGUUUGUUUCGCAAUAAAACAUAUUUUGCAUUUUCAAAGUGGUAGGCAUGUUGUGUAAAUCAAAUGAUACAAACCCCCAAAAAAUCAAUUUUAAUUCCAGGUUGUAAGGCAACAAAAUAGGAAAACUGCCAAGGGGGGUGAAUACUUUCGCAAGCCACUGUGUGUGUGUGUGUGUAUAUAUAUAUAUAUAUAUAUAUAUAUACACACACACACACACAGUUGAAGUCAGAAGUUUACAUACACCUUAGCCAAAUACAUUUAAACUCAGUUUUUCACAAUUCCUGACAUUUAAUCCUAGUAAAAAUUCCCUGUCUUAGGUCAGUUAGGAUCACCACAUUAUGAAUGUGAAAUGUCAGAAUAAUAGUAGAGAGAAUUAUUUAUUUCAGCUUUUAUUUACAUUUACGUCAUUUAGCAGACGCUCUUAUUACAUUUACAUUUUAGACGCUCUUAUCCAGAGCGACUUACAGUUAGUGAAUACAUAUUUUUUAUACUGGCCCCCCGUGGGAAUCGAACCCACAACCCUGGCGUCCAGAGCGACUUACAAAUUGGUGCAUUCACCCUAUAGCCAGUGGGAUAACAACUUUACAAAAACAUUUAUUAUUUUUUUUUUGGGGGGGGGGGGGUAGAAGGAUUACUUUAUCCUAUCCCAGGUAUUCCUUAAAGAGGUGGGGUUUCAAAUGUCUCCGGAAGGUGGUGAGUGACUCCGCUGUCCUGGCGUCGUGAGGAAGCUUGUUCCACCAUUGGGGUGCCAGAGCAGCGAACAGUUUUGACUGUUCCCAGUGGGUCAGAAGUUUACAUUCACUCAAUUAGUAUUUGGUAUCAUUGCCUUUAAAUUGUUUAACUUGGGUCAAACAUUUUGGGUAGCCUUCCACAAGCUUCCCACAAUAAGUUGGGUGAAUUUUGGCCCAUUCCUCCUGACAGAGCUGGUGUAACUGAGUCAGGUUUGUAGACCUCCUUGCUCGCACACGCUUUUUCAGUUCUGCCCACACAUUUUCUAUAGGAUUGAGGUCAGGGCGUUGUGAUGGCCACUCCAAUACCUUGACUUUGUUGUCCUUAAGCCAUUUUGCCACAACUUUUGAAGUAUGCUUGUCCAUUUGGAAGACCCAUUUUGCGACCAAGCUUUAACUUCCUGACUAAUGUCUUGAGAUGUUGCUUCAAUAUAUCCACAUAAUUUUCCUUCCUCAUGAUGCCAUCUAUUUUGUGAAGUGCACCAGUCCCUCCUGCAGCAAAGCACCCCCACAGCAUGAUGCUGUGCUUCACGGUUGGGAUGGUGUUCUUUCAUGUGUCCAGCCUACCCUCGUUGAUUAUCCCUUACAUGAAAAUAUGAAAUGUUUUGAGUCAAUAAGUGUUAACUCCUUUGUUAUGGAUAGCAUAAAUAAGUUCAGGAGUAAAAAUGUCCUUAACCUGUCACAUAAUAAGUUGCAUGGACUCACUCUGUGUGCAAUAAUAGUGUUUAACAUGAUAAUUUUUAUGACUACCUAGUGUUUAAUUUGAUAAAAGCGAUCAAAGUUGAUUUGAGUUGCCUCCUUCGUUAAUUCUCCUGCCCCCAACAAAAAAACUUAAUGUGAAAAAUAAGAUUUUCAGCCCGGGCCUAAUAUUCUAAGAGUUGAUUUGGGUUGGGCCGGCCCGGGUUUAUGGUUUGCGCAACAUUGUAACCUGUGUGAGACCAACGGGUGACCAGGGCUGUGAGAAGCCAGGAUCUCUCUCAGAACUAGAAUGAGAUUCACUUUCUCUGCUCUGAUACAAAUCAGCCUGCUCCUCUCAUCUCUCCAGCGUUGCGCUUCAUCAUUUAUUUCCUUACAGAAUCAUAGCCGGAGGAACUGCAUGAUAAAUUGAAAUACAUUUGCAAAAGUUAUAGAAUUACUGCUGUCUGUUCAGAAAUAAGUGAAAUCAUUCAGAAUAGCCCACUACACCAUGAGAUAAUAUAUAAUAUAAUAAUCUAUAAUUUAGCUACAGAGGAUCAAUAGCUUAUUUAAACAAAUAGCCUAGCUGUGGAUCGUAGCCCAAUAACAAGGAAUAGUCUACAGUCGGGAACACGCGGCAAAUCUGUCAGUGAAAAAACAGCAUGCCGACAAAACAAUAUUCACAAUAUUUCAUGUACAAUCGAGGGAAAACGCAGGUUGGAAAGCAAAUGGCUCCUGCUGAAAAGAGAAGACUCUAUGCUGUAGGCUACCAAAAUAUUUGAUCGACUUCCAAAUAUUGUUUUACAAAAAAAGGAGAGAGAGAGAGAGGCUUUUGGCACGAGCGCAUCGACAAUCACCAGCGAGUGAGUCAGUGAUACUAGAAAGCAUUUUUAGGACUAAUUUCCUCAUAUUGUAGCCUUCGCCUAGGCUAUUGAUGGAUUCAAGACAAGGUCAUUUUUAUCGGUCUCUAAUUCUCAGUUUUGUCCGUGUCAAAGUAGCCUGCCAUUUCGAUCAUUUAUGCGGUAUUAAAAAAGAUUCAUGUAAAAUGACGUAGAAUUGCAUGAAAUCCGUUUAGGAAAAGGCCAACAUUACUACGCAAAUGCGAUGAUAUGCAUGCAGUGCUUUAUUAUAAAGGUGAGUUCUUACCUCAUGCGUUCCGGAACCUCAGAACUCACCUCUAGCGCUCACUUUUUGUUCCGGGAACUUCCCGAUUUACAAGAUAAGCACCGUGACUACCUCAUCUCUGUACCCCACACAUACAAUUAUCUGAAAAGGUCCCUCAGUCGAGCAGUGAAUUUCAAACACAGAUUCAACCACAAAGACUAAGGAGGUUUUCCAAUGCCUCGCAAAGAAGGACACCUUCUGAGGAUGGAUCAACGACAUUGUAGAGUGAAAAGACGGAAGCCUGUACAUAAUACAAAUAUUCCAAAACAUGCAUCCUGUUUGUGACAAGGCACUAAAGUAAUUCUGCAAAACAUUUGGCAAAUCAAUUAACUUUUGGUCCUGAAUACAAAGUGUUAUAUUUGGGGCAAAUCCAAUACCACACAUCACUGAGUACCACUCUCCAUAUACUUGAAUAUCUAUAGCAAGACAUGAAACUGGUUGUCUAGCAAUGAUCAACAACCAAUUUGACAGAGCUUGAAGAAUCUUUAAAAGAAUAAAGGGCAAAUGUUUCACAAUCCAGGUGUGGAAAGCUCUUAGAGACUUACCCAGAAAGACUCACAGCUGCAAUCGCUGCCAAAGGUGCUUCUACAAAGUAUUGACUGAGGGAUGUGAAUACUUAAGUAAAUUAGAUAUUUAUUCAUUUCAUUUUCAAUAAAUGUGCUAAAAUUUCUAAAAACAUGUUUUCACUUUGUCAUAAUGGUGUAUUGUGUGUAGAUGAAUGAGAAAAAUAUAUUUAAUCCAUUUUGAAUUCAGGCUGUAAUAAGUCACGGGGUAUGAAUACAUUCUGAAGGCCCUGUUGCUCCACCUGGCCCUCUGAUUGGCUAGGUGGACGUUUCAUUAUUGCUUAUACCAAUCAAAUCUUCUGAUGAGUGCAUAGGGGUCCAUUUGAGUUUGCCCUUGGACAUGCUUUUCUAAUGCCCUGUCUGUCAGCAUAGAUGAACAGGUUACCCUCUUCUCUCUCCCUCCCUCCCCUUCUCCCCCACUCUCCUCUCUCCUCUCCCCUCCCAACCCCCGCUCUCUCUCCUCUCCCUCCCUCUCUCUCUCCUCUCCCUCGCCACCCCCCCCUCUGCCUCUCCCUCCCCCCACCCCCCCCUCUCCUCUCCCUCCCAUCUCUCUCUCUCCCAAUUCACUCCCCCACCCACCCUCUCUCUCCCUCUCCCCCCUUCUCCUCUUCUCUCCCACUCCUCCCAACUCUUCUACUCUCAUCCGCUCCACCCAACCCCUCCUCCUCCACGACCCCCCCAAUUUCUCUCUCAUCCUCUCCCUCCCACACACUCGUCAUCCUCCCUCCCAUCCCUCCCCCUCUCUCUCCUCUCCCUCCCUCCCAACUCUCCCUCCACCCCCCUCUCCUCUCCUCUCUCCUCUCCCUCCCACCCCUCUCUCUCUUCUCUCCCUCCCUCCCACCCCUCUCUCCUCUCCCCCCCCCCCUCCCCUCUCUCUCUCCUCUCCAGUGGACGUGUGUAUAUGAGUUCCAGGAUGGAUCCCCCACGCGUCCCCCUGUCUCCCCCCGCUGCUCUCUACGUCUGACCCACUACAUCGAGGAGGCCAAUGUGGGGAGGGGCUACAUCAAGGAGCUGUGCUUCAGCCCUGACGGGCGGCUCAUCUGCUCCCCCUACGGGUAUGGAGUGUUAUGACAACUACUGUCCAAUUAUGGGUCGUUUACGCUAUUAGAAUGGCUAUAUAAUGGGGUUAAAGUGAAGAUGAUGUCAGUUGAACUCUUGGUUGAACAGAAGACUGGAGCUUAGAAGAAACCUAAAGAUACAGACUCAGUAUAGCGAUAUGGUAAAACCCACCUAGCCAAUCAGAGGGCUUGGUGGACUUAUUCUCAUAUUGCUUAGCCAAUCAGAUGGCUAGGUGGACUUAUUCUCAUAUUGCUUAGCCAAUCAGAGGGCUAGGUGGACUUAUUCUCAUAUUGCUUAGCCAAUCAGAGGGCUAGGUGGACUUAUUCUCAUAUUGCUUAGCCAAUCAGAGGGCUUGGUAGACUUAUUCUCAUAUUGCUUACACCUAUAAAAUCUCAGAUAUCCACGAGUGUAUAGGGAUUGGGGUCGAUUUGGAAUUGGGCCACAGUUUUCAGCUUUUGUAAUGACUCCCAAGUAUUGUCCCAACAGGUACGGGGUGCGGCUGCUCUCCUUCGAUGAGAACUGCAUGGAGCUGUCUGACUGCCUGCCCGUCCAGACCAGCUGUCUCCGGGAGGUCCGGUCCAUCUACUCCCACAGUGACGUGGUCCUCACCACCAAGUUCUCCCCGACCCACUGCCAGCUGGCCUCAGGCUGCCUCAGCGGCCGCGUUGCUCUCUAUCAACCCAGGUUCUGACGGCGUGGGGGCUGAGUCCCAAAUGUCACCCUGUUCCCUAUAUAGUGCACUACUUUUUGUCCCCGGUCACACGCUCCAGGAAUCACGUAGAGAGCAGUGUUCAUUAGGCACCAAAAUGGAGGAAAACGGACUGAAACGGAGGGACCACCUUGAACUUGGUUUCGCUACCGACCGCCCUCAUGCAGUGGUCACCAACCUUUUCUGAGUCAAGGACACAGUGGUCACCAACCUUUUUCUGAGUCAAGGACACAGUGGUCACCAACCUUUUUCUGAGUCAAGGACACAGUGGUCACCAACCUUUUCUGAGUCAAGGACACAGUGGUCACCAACCUUUUCUGAGUCAAGGACACAGUGGUCACCAACCUUUUCUGAGUCAAGGACACAGUGGUCACCAACCUUUUCUGAGUCAAGGACACAGUGGUCACCAACCUUUUCUGAGUCAAGGACACAGUGGUCACCAACCUUUUCUGAGUCAAGGACACAGUGGUCACCAACCUUUUCUGAGUCAAGGACACAGUGGUCACCAACCUUUUCUGAGUCAAGGACACAGUGGUCAUCAACCUUUUCUGAGUCAAGGACACAGUGGUCACCAACCUUUUCUGAGUCAAGGACACAGUGGUCACCAACCUUUUCUGAGUCAAGGACACAGUGGUCACCAACCUUUUCUGAGUCAAGGACACAGUGGUCACCAACCUUUUCUGAGUCAAGGACACAGUGGUCACCAACCUUUUCUGAGUCAAGGACACAGUGGUCACCAACCUUUUUCUGAGUCAAGGACACAGUGGUCACCAACCUUUUCUGAGUCAAGGACACAGUGGUCACCAACCUUUUCUGAGUCAAGGACACAGUGGUCACCAACCUUUUCUGAGUCAAGGACACAGUGGUCACCAACCUUUUCUGAGUCAAGGACACAGUGGUCACCAACCUUUUCUGAGUCAACGACACAGUGGUCACCAACCUUUUCUGAGUCAAGGACACAGUGGUCACCAACCUUUUUCUGAGUCAAGGACACUUUCGCAGUCAAAAAAAGCAAGCUGAGCUCUACCGCCUAACAUUAUAAUUUUUUAAAAAAUGUAACAUUAACCUAAUAACAUUUUCUCUGCAUAUUGGCCAAAUGCCAGGUCUGGCAAUACUGUUCUCUGACCAUAUUAUAUUUCAAAACUCGAGCUUUGGUAAUAGAAUAGUUCAGUUGGUGUAGCACUUGCUGACUGAGGCACAGUUGAGCAUAAAUUUAAAAUUAUUAGGUUUUUUAUUUUAUUGGAUUGAUGGUCCCUGCAUCUGAUGGUCAUGGUGCUUUCAAGACAGCUGGGAACUCUGGGAACUCUGGGGGGGGGGACGAGGUGAAAUCAUGACAUCCGUGAUCUUCAGGUCGUGAAGCGCUAGAAAGAUGCCUGAGUUUCAGAUUUGUAAUUCCGAGUUGGGUGACCGUUCAAAACGAUUCUUCCCAGUUGUCUUUUAAAUGCACUGAAGACUGAAGUGGGACAUUUCCGAGUUCCUAGUUGUUUUGAACACGGCAUUAGUCUCAGCGGAGGGAGGGAGAGAACAGCAGAGGGUCCUCCUCACGGUCCCUGCUCUCUCCUUCCUUUCCUCCGGUGAGACUGAACAGAGAGAUGGGGACACCGUCUUCCACCUGAUGGUGAAACUCAACCCGCACCUCAUCAGCCUCAUCCACAAAUUCAUGUUGUUCCUACGACCAGAGAAAGUGAAAUAUUACUCGAUAUUAAAAUAUACAGGACAAGCUGCUAAUAAUAAUAAAGAUGCAGGGCUAUCGAUACACUUGGCUACUCAUUCAUUGCAGCUGCAGUGUGUGUGGACAGAGGGAGAAGUGUAAUUUCUGUUUUUGUAAUAGUGUUGAAUAAAAACAGUGUUGAAUAAAAACUUUAACAUGAACUCACUCGUAAAAACAGCAGCUCUUUGCUGUAUUCUUUGACAGUUUCUCUCUGGUCAAGGUGUUAAAAGUUAUGAAAUGUCACAGGCUAGUAUCAAACUUUGUUGUGGCCAGGGUCGUGGAAGCUGUUGGCACGGUGAUUUGAGCAAUCCGAUUGGCCAGCGCAGUAGGCGCACUCGAUUUAGCAACAGAUCUCCCGGUCCACCAGUAAGGGGAGUUUCUUUUCAGUCAUGAAAUGGUCCAAAAUGGGAACACUUUGCCUACCCCGGUGUGCCAGGGCUUCUGGACCAAGUGCACCUACCGCCAACAGGGCAACACAAAGAAAGAAAUUAAAGGAGCUCAAGCCUUUAUCAUUGGCUUUUCUACAGAAAUGUUUGGUGAUCGACUAGUAAUGCCUUGAAGAUCACAGGCUCCUAGGUGAUCACAGGUCCUCUACUGUAUACCAUCCAGACCUUUCAGCGGGGUACUGCUACUCUGCGCUCCGGGGUGGAGUUUCCCUAGGUACAGAUUAGCUUCCCUUCCCCCAAUCCUAACCUUAACCAUUUAGUGGUGGAAAUACAAAACCGACCCGAGAUCAGCGUCUUCACCCUACACCCCUCUCUCUGCUUGUACAAUCACUCUGACCUGUAACCUCUAGCCCUCCGUUUUUAAAGGACCUAUCACAGCCUUCUCUCUGACUUCUCACCUAACACUUUCUACCUUCUCUCCAUUGUCUUGAUGAUUUGAAUGCUUUUGAUUGAUCCAGUUCCAAUCGGUGUUGUGUGACUGCUGUUUUAUUACAUUUACAUAUUUAGUCAUUUAGCAGACGCUCUUAUCCAGAGCAAUCAGGGUUAAGUGCCUUGCUCGAGGGCACAUCGACAGAUUUUUCACCUAGUCGGCUCGGGGAUUAGUACCAGCGACCUUUCGGUUACUGGCACAACGCUCUUAACCACUAAGCUACCUGCCGUAACUGUCUGUUACUGCUGCUAUGGCUUACAACAUUGAUUUUGGGUUAGUGUCUGGGAGACUUUUGGUUGGUUUACCAGACACAGAUUAAGCCUGGAUUAAAAAGCAAGCCCAAUAGGCUUAAUCUGUGACUGGGAAACCAUUCCUUUAUGUAUUAUAAUUUAGGCAUAAAUACUGAGUAAUACCUGGCUAUAACAUCUGCUUAUAACACCUUGUUAUAAUGUUACGUAACCUGGAUUAGCGUUGCAUUUACAUUUAAUCUGGGGUUUAUUCACUACGAACCAAACGGAAGCAAACAGGGAGGGACUGCCUGAAUUUUGUCCAAUAGAAACUCUUGUUUUUGUUUGCUAUGGUUUGCACUAAUGAAUAACCCUCUGGUGAUCGAUAGGAGCCUGUGUUACUAAUGAAUAACCCUCUGGUGAUCGAUAGGAGCCUGUGUUACUAAUGAAUAACCCUCUGGUGAUCGAUAGGAGCCUUCGCCUUCAUCAAUCUGCUCUACUGUUUGAGUUCAAGGAAGGUAUGUCAAUACUGAGUCAUCAAUGCCAGAACCUGUCUUAAGAUUGUAGCCUGGACUUCACCUGUCUAAAGAUUGUAGCCUGGACUUCACCUGUCUAAAGAUUGUAGCCAGGACUAAGGUGUGGAUAACUUCACCUGGGGACGCGUUCAGCAGGGCGCAACGUUCUAGAGCGCUCGGAUAGAAAUAUGUAGAACGAACACGUCUCUCUCUGACGUUCAGAACAAGGAAUCACAUCGGCUCUAUUCAUGCCAUGUUCUACUUUCCACAACGUUUGGUCCUGGGUCACAUUCAUUAGGCACCAAACGGAAGAAAACUAACUGAAACGGAGAAGGGACCACCUGACCUUGUCGAAUAAGUCAUUAUGAAUCUGUGUUGUAUUGUGGACCUGGAUGGAUGAAGGAUAGCUCUGGUCCAGGGCGUUAGUGCGUGUUCCUCCACUACGUGGUGGAGUAGUGACGUAACGCCCUGGACCAGAGCUACGUGAAUGACAGCAGACCUUCCUCAGCUUUCUGUUGAAGCUAUGGUUCGUUUGAGGGGUUGUUAGGCGCUGCAUACCAAAUAGCACUCUAUUCCCUACAUAGUGCACUACUUUUGAUCAGGGCCCAUAUGGGAGUAGUGCACUAUAUAGGGAAUAGGGUGCCAUUUUGGAUGCACCCUGUGACUGAUUUUAUAGGUUAUACCGUAUCAAAAGAAUUACGACAGCUGUGAUAGAAACAGGUCGUUUCGGGUACAAUUUUAUAAAUGCCAACAGAUCAUUUGUAGGUUUGACACAGUGGGAUCUUUUGGUGUCAGUAAAAUUAAUUAUGCAAGAAAUGGUGGAGGAAACGCAUUUAUGCGCAAAUGUUGAUUUAAUAACCAUGCUCUUUUACAAUAAAUAUUGAGGGUCUUAUUCUGGUAACGUGAUGAUCGACGCUUGACUUCCGUUUGACAAAUACUAAUAUUCUCACUCUUAUCCAUGAUCAUCUCAUCAUGUAGAAUAGCCUACCCCCCACAGCGUACCCACACCGUAUCUAACUGUAAGUCGCUCUGGAUAAGAGCGUCUGCUAAAUGACAAAUGUAAUGUACAGUGGGGGAAAAAAAGUAUUUAGUCAGCCACCAAUUGUGCAAGUUCUCCCACUUAAAAAGAUGAGAGAGGCCUGUAAUUUUCAUCAUAGGUACACGUCAACAAUGACAGACAAAUUGAAAAAAAAUCCAGAAAAUCACAUUGUAGGAUUUUUAAUGAAUUUAUUUGCAAAUUAUGGUGGAAAAUAAGUAUUUGGUCACCUACAAACAAGCAAGAUUUCUGGCUCUCACAGACCUGUAACUUCUUCUUUAAGAGGCUCCUCUGUCCUCCACUCGUUACCUGUAUUAAUGGCACCUGUUUGAACUUGUUAUCAGUAUAAAAGACACCUGUCCACAACCUCAAACAGUCACACUCCAAACUCCACUAUGGCCAAGACCAAAGAGCUGUCAAAGGACACCAGAAACAAAAUUGUAGACCUGCACCAGGCUGGGAAGACUGAAUCUGCAAUAGGUAAGCAGCUUGGUUUGAAGAAAUCAACUGUGGGAGCAAUUAUUAGGAAAUGGAAGACAUACAGUGGGGAGAACAAGUAUUUGAUACACUGCCGAUUUUGCAGGUUUUCCUACUUACAAAGCAUGUAGAGGUCUGUAAUUUUUAUCAUAGGUACACUUCAACUGUGAGAGACGGAAUCUAAAAUCCAGAGAAUCACAUUGUAUGAUUUUUAAGUAAUUAAUUUGCAUUUUAUUGCAUGACAUAAGUAUUUGAUCACCUACCAACCAGUAAGAAUUCCGGCUCUCACAGACCUGUUAGUUUUUCUUUUAAGAAGCCCUCCUGUUCUCCACUCAUUACAUGUAUUAAAUGCACCUGUUUGAACUCGUUACCUGUAUAAAAGACACCUGUCCACACACUCAAUCAAACAGACUCCAACCUCUCCACAAUGGCCAAGACCAGAGAGCUGUGUAAGGACAUCAGGGAUACAAUUGUAGACCUGCACAAGGCUGGGAUGGGCUACAGGACAAUAGGCAAGCAGCUUGGUGAGAAGGCAACAACUGUUGGCGCAAUUAUUAGAAAAUGGAAGAAGUUCAAGAUGACGGUCAAUCAACCUCGGUCUGGGGCUCCAUGCAAGAUCUCACCUCGUGGGGCAUCAAUGAUCAUGAGGAAGGUGAGGGAUCAGCCCAGAACUACACGGCAGGACCUGGUCAAUGACCUGAAGAGAGCUGGGACCACAGUCUCAAAGAAAACCAUUAGUAAUACACUACGCCGUCAUGGAUUAAAAUCCUGCAGCGCACGCAAGGUCCCCCUGCUCAAGCCAGCGCAUGUCCAGGCCCGUCUGAAGUUUGCCAAUGACCAUCUGGAUGAUCCAGAGGAGGAAUGGGAGAAGGUAAUGUGGUCUGAUGAGACAAAAAUAUAGCUUUUUGGUCUAAACUCCACUCGCCAUGUUUGGAGGAAGAAGAAGGAUGAGUACAACCCCAAGAACACCAUCCCAACCAUGAAGCAUGGAGGUGGAAACAUCAUUCUUUGGGGAUGCUUUUCUGCAAAGGGGACAGGACGACUGAUGGGGCCAUGUACCUUCCCUCAGUAAGAUCAUUGAAGAUGGGUCGUGGCUGGGUCUACCAGCAUGACAACGACCCGAAACACACAGCCAGGGCAACUAAGGAGUGGCUCCGUAAGAAGCAUCUCAAGGUCCUGGAGUGGCCUAGCCAGUCUCCAGACCUGAACCCAAUAGAAAAUCUUUGGAGGGAGCUGAAAGUCCGUAUUGCCCAGCGACAGCCCCGAAACCUGAAGGAUCUGAAGAAGGUCUGUAUGGAGGAGUGGGCAAAAAUCCCUGCUGCAGUGUGUGCAAACCUGGUCAAGACCUACAGGAAACGUAUGAUCUCUGUAAUUGCAAACAAAGGUUUCUGUACCAAAUAUUAAGUUCUGCUUUUCUGAUGUAUCAAAUACUUAUGUCAUGCAAUAAAAUGCAAAUUAAUUACUUAAAAAUCAUACAAUGUGAAUUUCUGGAUUUUUGUUUUAGAUUCCGUCUCUCACAGUUGAAGUGUACCUAUGAUAAAAAUGACAGACCUCUACAUGCUUUGUAAGUAGGAAAACCUGCAAAAUCAGCAGUGUAUCAAAUACUUGUUCUCCCCACUGUACAAGACCACUGAUAAUCUCCCUCGAUCUGGGGCUCCACGCAAGAUCUCACCCCGUGGGGUCAAAAUGAUCACAAGAACGGUGAGCAAAAAUCCAAGAACCACACGGGGGGACCUAGUGAAUGACCUGCAGAGAGCUGGGACCAAAGUAACAAAGCCUACCAUCAGUAACACACUACGCCGCCAGGGACUCAAAUCCUGCAGUGCCAGAAUGCUGAGUUGCAUCCAAAGAACACCAUACCUACUGUGAAGCAUGGGGGUGGAAACAUCAUGCUUUGGGGCUGUUUUUCUGCAAAGGGACCAGGACGACUGAUCCGUGUAAAGGAAAGAAUGAAUGGGGCCAUGUAUCGUGAGAUUUUGAGUGAAAACCUCCUUCCAUCAGCAAGGGCAUUGAAGAUGAAACAUGGCUGGGUCUUUCAGCAUGACAAUGAUCCCAAACACACCGCCCGGGCAACGAAGGAGUGGCUUCGUAAGAAGCAUUUCAAGGUCCUGGAGUGGCCUAGCCAGUCUCCAGAUCUCAACCCCAUAGAAAAUCUUUGCAGGGAGUUGAAAGUCCGUGUUGCCCAGCGACAGCCCCAAAACAUCACUGCUCUAGAGGAGAUCUGCAUGGAGGAAUGGGCCAAAAUACCAGCAACAGUGUGUGAAAACCUUGUGAAGACUUACAGAAAACGUUUGACCUGUAUCAUUGCCAACAAAGGGUAUAUAACAAAGUAUUGAGAAACUUUUGUUAUUGACCAAAUACUUAUUUUCCACCAUAAUCUGCAAAUAAAUUCAUUAAAAAUCCUACAAUGUGAUUUUCUGGAUUUUUUUCUUCUCAUUUUGUCUGUCAUAGUUGACAUGUACCUAUGAUGAAAAUUACAGGCUUCUCUCAUCUUUUUAAGUGGGAGAACUUGCACAAUUGGUGGCUGACUAAAUACUUUUUUCCCCACUGUAUACAACAUGGAAUUCAACACUUGUUACAUAACAACGAAUACUUGUUACCAGAUAGCAUAGCAACCAUAUAUCCCAACGCACCAUAUAUCCAAUCGCGCCAUACAGUGAGGGGAAAAAGUAUUUGAUCCCCUGCUGAUUUUGUACGUUUGCCCACUGACAAAGAAAUGAUCAGUCUAUAAUUUUAAUGGUAGGUUUAUUUGAACAGUGAGAGACAGAAUAACAACAAAGAAAUCCAGAAAAAAGCAUGUCAAAAAUGUUAUAAAUUGAUUUGCAUUUUAAUGAGGGAAAUAAGUAUUUGACCCCCUCUCAAUCAGAAAGAUUUCUGGCUCCCAGGUGUAUUUUAUACAGAUAACGAGCUGAGAUUAGGAGCACACUCUUAAAGGGAGUGCUCCUAAUCUCAGUUUGUUACCUGUAUAAAAGACAUGUGUCCACAGAAGCAAUCAAUCAAUCAGAUUCCAAACUCUCCACCAUGGCCAAGACCAAAGAGCUCUCCAAUGAUGUCAGGGACAAGAUUGUAGACCUACACAAGGCUGGAAUGGGCUACAAGACCAUCGCCAAGCAGCUUGGUGAGAAGGUGACAACAGUUGGUGCUAUUAUUCACAAAUGGAAGAAACACAAAAGAACUGUCAAUCUCCCUCGGCCUGGGGCUCCAUGCAAGAUCUCACCUCGUGGAGUUGCAAUGAUCAUGAGAACGGUGAGGAAUCAGCCCAGAACUACACGGGAGGAUCUUGUCAAUGAUCUCAAGGCAGCUGGGACCAUAGUCACUAAGAAAACAAUUGGUAACACACUACGCCGUGAAGGACUGAAAUCCUGCAGCGUCCGCAAGGUCCCCCUGCUCAAGAAAGCACAUAUACAGGCCCGUCUGAAGUUUGCCAAUGAACAUCUGAAUGAUUCAGAGGAGAACUGGGUGAAAGUGUUGUGGUCAGAUGAGACCUAUGACCCCAAGAACACCAUCCCCACCGUCAAACAUGGAGGUGGAAACAUUAUGCUUUGGGGGUGUUUUUCUGCUAAGGGGACAGGACAACUUCACCGCAUCAAAGGGGCGAUGGACGGGGCCAUGUACUGUCAAAUCUUGGGUGAGAACCUCCUUCCCUCAGCCAGGGCAUUGAAAAUGGGUCGUGGAUGGGUAUUCCAGCAUGACAAUGACCCAAAACACACGGCCAAGGCAACAAAGGAGUGGCUCAAGAAGAAGCACAUUAAGGUCCUGGAGUGGCCUAGCCAGAAAAUCUGUGGAGGGUGCUGAAGGUUCGAGUUGCCAAACGUCAGGCUCGAAACCUCAAUGACUAGGAGAAGAUCUGCAAAGAGGAGAGGGACAAAAUCCCACCUGAGAUGUGUGCAAACCUGGUGGCCAACUACAAGAAACGUCUGACCUCUGUGAUUGCCAACAAGGGUUUUGCCACCAAGUACUAAGUCAUGUUUUGCAGAGGGGUCAAAUACUUAUUUCCCUCAUUAAAAUGCAAAUCAUUUUAUAACAUUUUUGACAUGCGUUUUUCAGGAUUUUUUUGUUGUUAUUCUGUCUCUCACUGUUCAAAUAAACCUACCAUUAAAAUUAUAGACUGAUCAUGUCUUUGUCAGUGGGCAAACGUACAAAAUCAGCAGGGGAUCAAAUACUUUUUUCCCUCACUGUAUAUCUCAACGCACCAUAUAUCCAAACGCACCAUAUAUCCAAACGCACCAUAUAUCCAAACGCACCAUAUUUCAGCCUACUAUGUGAUACAGUGCAUUCGGAAAGUAUUCAGACCCUUUGACUUUUUCCAAAUGUUGUUACGUUACAGCCUUAUUCUAAAAUGGAUUAAAUAGUUUUUCUCAUCAAUCUACACACAAUACCCCAUAAUGACAAAACAAAAAACUCCGGAAAUAUCACAUUUACAUAAGUAUUCAGACCCUUUACUCAGUACUUAGUUGAAGCACCUUUAGCAGUGAUUACAGCCUCGAGUCUUCUUGGGUAUGACGCUACAAACUUGGCACAUCUGUAUUUGGGGAGUUUCUCCCAUUCUCCUCUGCAGAUCCUCUCAUGCUCUGUCAGGUUGGAUGGGGAGCGUCGCUGCACAGCUAUUUUCAGGUCUCUCCAGAGAUAUUAGAUCGGGUUCAAGUCCGGGCUCUGGCUGGGCCACUCAAGAACAUUCAGAGACUUGUCCCGAAGCCACUCAUGUGUUGUCUUUGCUGUGUGCUUAGGGUCCUUGUCCUGUUGGAAGGUGAACCUUCACCCCAGUCUGAGGUCCUGAGCGCUCUGGAGCAGGUUUUCAUCAAGGAUCUCUCUGUACUUUCCCUCGAUCCUGACUAGUCUCCCAGUCCCUGCCGCUGAAAUACAUCCCCACAGCAUGAUGCUGCCACCACCAUGUUUCACUGUAGGGAUGGUGCCAGGUUUCCUCCAGACGUGAUGCUUGGCAUUCAGGCCAAAGAGUUCAAUCUUGGUUUCAUCAGACCAGAGAAUCUUGUUUCUCAUGGUCUGAGAGUCUUUAGGUGCCUUUUGGCAAACUCCAAGAGGGCUGUCAUGUGCUUUUACUGAGGAGUGGCUUCCGUCUGGCCACUCUAUCAUACAGGCCUGAUUGGUGGAGUGCUGCAAAGAUGGUUGUCCUGGAAGGUUCUCCCAUCUCCACAGAGGAACUCUGGAGCUCUGUUGGUGUGACCAUCGGGUUCUUGGUCACCUCCCUGACCAGUUUGGGAAGAGCCAGCUCUAGGAAGAGUCUUGGUGGUUCCAAACUUCUUCCAUGUAAGAAUGAUGGAGGCCACUGUGUUCUUGGGGACCUUCAAUGCUGCAGACAUUUUUUGGUACCCUUCCCCAGAUCUGUGCCUCGACACAAUCCUGUCUCGGAGCUCUAAGGACAAUUCCUUCGACCUCAUGGCUUGGUUGUUGCUCUGACAUGCACUGUCAACUGUGGGACCUUAUAUAGACAGGUGUGCGCCUUUCCAAAUCAUGUCCAAUCAAUUGAAUUUACCACAGGGGACUCCAAUCAAGUUGUAGAAUCAUCUCAAGGAUGAUCAAUGGAAAUGAUGCAUCUGAGCUCAAUUUCGAGUCUCAUAGCAAAGGGUCUGAAUACUUACGUAAAUAAGGUUUUUUAGUUUUAAUAAAUGUGCUAAAAUUUCUAAAAACCUGUUUUCACUUUGUCAUUAUGGGGUAUUGUGUGUAGAUUGAUGAGGAUUUAAAAAAAUAUAUAUAAUCAAUUUUAGAAUAAGGCUAUAACGUAACAAAAUUUGAAAGUAAAGGGGUCUGAAUACUUUCCGAAUGCACUGUAACUAAAUGUAUAACUAACCAACUAGAUGGCUAAGUGUUGAAAAAUGGUUGUACAAUAAAUCCUUCCAGUGAUCUAAUAAAGUUAACUACUUAACGUUACCCUGAAUUGUGAAUUUCUCUGCCCCUCUACUAAUGUUGCGCCUCUUGUCGAGAUCAGUGGUACCUUCAUCGUGCUUCGCCUGGUUGGAAAGCGAAAAUAAAAUCUCCUCGAGGGACGCCAUUAAAGUGCAAACUACGUACAAACAGAAAACUACAAUAGCAGUUAGCUAAUUAAAACUUGCUAGCUAGCUAGCUGACAAGGCAGGCUGAGUUAAAUAAGUAGUGUUGUGUCGAGUAAACGUUGCUAAUUAUGCCGUGAAACCAAGGAGUCCGCUUAUACUGUACUUUGAUUAUACGUUUUAUUUACAUCACAAGAUUUCAGCAUAAGUUUACAGACGUCUGCAGCAUCUGGAGAACAGUGGCCCAAAAUAAUAUGUCUGUUCUGAUCUUCUUUGUCUCAAACCAGUACUUAUAAUCUUUACCAGGAUAUGGGUGGUUUCCCAUACUGACCAAUCACCUGUCUCCACACAACAUACUUCCUCUGUUCUAUGGGGUGUCCCUCAAACUGCUCCCCCUAAAACUGAAUAAACAUCCUCUCAGGUUCCACUUUGAAAACAUUAGCAAAGUCAUAAUCCCUCAGACACUACAGUAGCUAGCCAUUUUCUUAUAUAAAGACAACUAUAUGGUAAAGAAAGAGUGUUCUCUUUUCAGUCUUUUCGGUCUUCUGAAGCAGUAUAGUCUGCAGGUAGUCACCAUCAAAAACACCGUCCUUGGAGAGCGAUUCUGAUGUAAUACAUUUGCGCGGCCUGAGCGAGCGCUAAUGAGGUGAAAUAGAACUAGAACUGCCCGCGUCCUCUGUCCUCCGCGACCGCUACGAGGUAAAAUAGAGCCAAGCAACCAGCAUAGCAACGAACGUUUUGUUUGGUUCAUUACGUAGUCCAGUUACAUCCGAAAGGUAAGAUGAAGUCUGGAACUGUCUGUCAUCAACCCUCAGCGACUACAUACCCAGUGGUGGAGCCUGGAUCUUGCUGUCAUCAACCCUCAGCGACUACAGACCCAGUGGUGGAGCCUGGAUCUUGCUGUCAUCAACCCUCAGCGACUACAGACCCAGUGGUGGAGCCUGGAGAGGUUACACAACACACGGUGGACCAGGGAUAGCCUGGGUACCAGUCUGUUUGUGUCAUCAUACCACUCUUUGGCACUCCUUGUUGGAGUUGACAUGAUAGCACAAACAGAUCUGGGACCAGCAGGCUAGAUCAAGGGUUCGUUCCAGACUCUGCACUAACUUGUGGAUACCAUUUUUAUGUCCCUGCGUCCAGUAUGAAGUUAGAGGCAGUUUCGUGAGCCAAUAUUAACUAGCGUUAGCGCAAUGACUGGAAGUCUACAGGAACAGCUAGCAUGCUAAUGCUAGUUAGCAACUUCCUUUAAACUGGAUGCAGAGACAUAAAAAUGGUAUCCACAAGUUCAUCUGACUCUGGGGAAGUAGAUAAAGGGCUUCAUUACCAACAUCCCGAAGUAUCCCUUUAACAAUGUUUUGACAAGUCUCAGGAACCACAAACAAUCAUAUUAUCUGCACAGACCUGCACAUUAUAUCUGGAAUGCACUAUAUCCACUGUCUCAGAGCAGGAUGUCUGUGCUAGGUUAGGGAGAAGGUCAUUCUGUACAAUGGUAGCAGGAGAGAAUGUCAUGUUGUUGUUUUUUAUUGAGAAACCUCUGGCUGUCAGAGCUAAUGUAGAAAGGUUAAGUUGCAGUGCUGGCAGAAGUUGGGUGCAUUAGUUCCUUAUGUUCCCCUCAGGAUCUGAAAUAUGCAUGAUUCAGAGCUGGGGUGUAAUAUGAGGCUCAGACAGGGUUAUAGUCAGGGCAGAGCUGGGAUGUAAUAUGAGACUCAGUUAGACAGGGUUAUAGUCAGGGCAGAGCUGGGAUGUAAUAUGAGACUCAGUUAGACAGGGUUAUAGUCAGGGCAGAGCUGGGAUGUAAUAUGAGACUCAGACAGGGUUAUAGUCAGGGCAGAGCUGGGAUGUAAUAUGAGACUCAGUUAGACAGGGUUAUAGUCAGGGCAGAGCUGGGAUGUAAUAUGAGACUCAGUUAGACAGGGUUAUAGUCAGGGCAGAGCUGGGAUGUAAUAUGAGACUCAGUUAGACAGGGUUAUAGUCAGGGCAGAGCUGGGAUGUAAUAUGAGACUCAGACAGGGUUAUAGUCAGGGCAGAGCUGGGAUGUAAUAUGAGACUCAGUUAGACAGGGUUAUAGUCAGGGCAGAGCUGGGAUGUAAUAUGAGACUCAGUUAGACAGGGUUAUAGUCAGGGCAGAGCUGGGAUGUAAUAUGAGACUCAGUUAGACAGGGUUAUAGUCAGGGCAGAGCUGGGAUGUAAUAUGAGACUCAGACAGGGUUAUAGUCAGGGCAGAGCUGGGAUGUAAUAUGAGACUCAGUAGACAGGGUUUAUAGUCAGGGCAGAGCUGGGAUGUAAUAUGAGACUCAGACAGGGUUAUAGUCAGGGCAGAGCUGGGAUGUAAUAUGAGGACUCAGACAGGGUUAUAGUCAGGGCAGAGCUGGGAUGUAAUAUGAGACUCAGUUAGACAGGGUUUAUAGUCAGGGGCAGAGCUGGGAUGUAAUAUGAGACUCAGUUAGACAGGGUUAUAGUCAGGGCAGAGCUGGGAUGUAAUAUGAGACUCAGUUAGACAGGGUUAUAGUCAGGGCAGAGCUGGGAUGUAAUAUGAGACUCAGUUAGACAGGGUUAUAGUCAGGGCAGAGCUGGGAUGUAAUAUGAGACUCAGACAGGGUUAUAGUCAGGGCAGAGCUGGGAUGUAAUAUGAGACUCAGACAGGGUUAUAGUCAGGGCAGAGCUGGGAUGUAAUAUGAGACUCAGACAGGGUUAUAGUCAGGGGCAGAGCUGGGAUGAAUGAGACUCAGUUAGACAGGGUUAUAGUCAGGGCAGAGCUGGGAUGUAAUAUGAGACUCAGACAGGGUUAUAGUCAGGGCAGAGCUGGGAUGUAAUAUGAGACUCAGUUAGACAGGGUUAUAGUCAGGGCAGAGCUGGGAUGUAAUAUGAGACUCAGUUAGACAGGGUUAUAGUCAGGGCAGAGCUGGGAUGUAAUAUGAGACUCAGACAGGGUUAUAGUCAGGGCAGAGCUGGGAUGUAGUAUGAGACUCAGACAGGGUUAUAGUCAGGGCAGAGCUGGGAUGUAAUAUGAGACUCAGACAGGGUUAUAGUCAGGGCAGAGCUGGGAUGUAAUAUGAGACUCAGACAGGGUUAUAGUCAGGGCAGAGCUGGGAUGUAAUAUGAGACUCAGUUAGACAGGGUUAUAGUCAGGGCAGAGCUGGGAUGUAAUAUGAGACUCAGACAGGGUUAUAGUCAGGGCAGAGCUGGGAUGUAAUAUGAGACUCAGUUAGACAGGGUUAUAGUCAGGGCAGAGCUGGGAUGUAAUAUGAGACUCAGACAGGGUUAUAGUCAGGGCAGAGCUGGGAUGUAAUAUGAGACUCAGUUAGACAGGGUUAUAGUCAGGGCAGAGCUGGGAUGUAAUAUGAGACUCAGUUAGACAGGGUUAUAGUCAGGGCAGAGCUGGGAUGUAAUAUGAGACUCAGUUAGACAGGGUUAUAGUCAGGGCAGAGCUGGGAUGUAAUAUGAGACUCAGACAGGGUUAUAGUCAGGGCAGAGCUGGGAUGUAAUAUGAGACUCAGUUAGACAGGGUUAUAGUCAGGGCAGAGCUGGGGUGUAAUAUGAGACUCAGACAGGGUUAUAGUCAGGGCAGAGCUGGGAUGUAAUAUGAGACUCAGUUAGACAGGGUUAUAGUCAGGGCAGAGCUGGGAUGUAAUAUGAGACUCAGUUAGACAGGGUUAUAGUCAGGGCAGAGCUGGGAUGUAAUAUGAGACUCAGACAGGGUUAUAGUCAGGGCAGAGCUGGGAUGUAAUAUGAGACUCAGACAGGGUUAUAGUCAGGGCAGAGCUGGGAUGUAAUAUGAGACUCAGUUAGACAGGGUUAUAGUCAGGGCAGAGCUGGGAUGUAAUAUGAGACUCAGUUAGACAGGGUUAUAGUCAGGGGCAGAGCUAGGAUGUAAUAUGAGACUCAGUUAGACAGGGUUAUAGUCAGGGCAGAGCUGGGAUGUAAUAUGAGACUCAGACAGGGUUAUAGUCAGGGCAGAGCUGGGAUGUAAUAUGAGACUCAGACAGGGUUAUAGUCAGGGCAGAGCUGGGAUGUAAUAUGAGACUCAGACAGGGUUAUAGUCAGGGCAGAGCUGGGAUGUAAUAUGAGACUCAGACAGGGUUAUAGUCAGGGCAGAGCUGGGAGGUAAUAUGAGACUCAGACAGGGUUAUAGUCAGGGCAGAGCUGGGAUGUAAUAUGAGACUCAGACAGGGUUAUAGUCAGGGCAGAGCUGGGAUGUAAUAUGAGACUCAGACAGGGUUAUAGUCAGGGCAGAGCUGGGAUGUAAUAUGAGACUCAGACAGGGUUAUAGUCAGGGCAGAGCUGGGAUGUAAUAUGAGACUCAGACAGGGUUAUAGUCAGGGCAGAGCUGGGAUGUAAUAUGAGACUCAGACAGGGUUAUAGUCAGGGCAGAGCUGGGAUGUAAUAUGAGACUCAGACAGGGUUAUAGUCAGGGCAGAGCUGGGAUGUAAUAUGAGACUCAGACAGGGUUAUAGUCAGGGCAGAGCUGGGAUGUAAUAUGAGACUCAGACAGGGUUAUAGUCAGGGCAGAGCUGGGAUGUAAUAUGAGACUCAGUUAGACAGGGUUAUAGUCAGGGCAGAGCUGGGAUGUAAUAUGAGACUCAGACAGGGUUAUAGUCAGGGCAGAGCUGGGAUGUAAUAUGAGACUCAGACAGGGUUAUAGUCAGGGGCAGAGCUGGGAUGUAAUAUGAGACUCAGUUAGACAGGGUUAUAGUCAGGGCAGAGCUGGGAUGUAAUAUGAGACUCAGUUAGACAGGGUUAUAGUCAGGGCAGAGCUGGGAUGUAUAUGAGACUCAGUUAGACAGGGUUAUAGUCAGGGCAGAGCUGGGAUGUAAUAUGAGACUCAGUUAGACAGGGUUAUAGUCAGGGGCAGAGCUGGGAUGUAAUAUGAGACUCAGACAGGGUUAUAGUCAGGGCAGAGCUGGGAUGUAAUAUGAGACUCAGACAGGGUUAUAGUCAGGGCAGAGCUGGGAUGUAAUAUGAGACUCAGACAGGGUUAUAGUCAGGGCAGAGCUGGGAUGUAAUAUGAGACUCAGUUAGACAGGGUUAUAGUCAGGGCAGAGCUGGGAUGUAAUAUGAGACUCAGACAGGGUUAUAGUCAGGGCAGAGCUGGGAUGUAAUAUGAGACUCAGUUAGACAGGGUUAUAGUCAGGGCAGAGCUGGGAUGUAAUAUGAGACUCAGUUAGACAGGGUUAUAGUCAGGGCAGAGCUGGGGAUGUAAUAUGAGACUCAGACAGGGUUAUAGUCAGGGCAGAGCUGGGAUGUAGUAUGAGACUCAGACAGGGUUAUAGUCAGGGCAGAGCUGGGAUGUAAUAUGAGACUCAGACAGGGUUAUAGUCAGGGCAGAGCUGGGAUGUAGUAUGAGACUCAGACAGGGUUAUAGUCAGGGCAGAGCUGGGAUGUAAUAUGAGACUCAGACAGGGUUAUAGUCAGGGCAGAGCUGGGAUGUAAUAUGAGACUCAGACAGGGUUAUAGUCAGGGCAGAGCUGGGAUGUAAUAUGAGACUCAGUUAGACAGGGUUAUAGUCAGGGCAGAGCUGGGAUGUAAUAUGAGACUCAGACAGGGUUAUAGUCAGGGCAGAGCUGGGAUGUAAUAUGAGACUCAGUUAGACAGGGUUAUAGUCAGGGCAGAGCUGGGAUGUAAUAUGAGACUCAGACAGGGUUAUAGUCAGGGCAGAGCUGGGAUGUAAUAUGAGACUCAGUUAGACAGGGUUAUAGUCAGGGCAGAGCUGGGAUGUAAUAUGAGACUCAGUUAGACAGGGUUAUAGUCAGGGCAGAGCUGGGAUGUAAUAUGAGACUCAGUUAGACAGGGUUAUAGUCAGGGCAGAGCUGGGAUGUAAUAUGAGACUCAGACAGGGUUAUAGUCAGGGCAGAGCUGGGAUGUAAUAUGAGACUCAGUUAGACAGGGUUAUAGUCAGGGCAGAGCUGGGGUGUAAUAUGAGACUCAGACAGGGUUAUAGUCAGGGCAGAGCUGGGAUGUAAUAUGAGACUCAGUUAGACAGGGUUAUAGUCAGGGCAGAGCUGGGAUGUAAUAUGAGACUCAGUUAGACAGGGUUAUAGUCAGGGCAGAGCUGGGAUGUAAUAUGAGACUCAGACAGGGUUAUAGUCAGGGCAGAGCUGGGAUGUAAUAUGAGACUCAGACAGGGUUAUAGUCAGGGCAGAGCUGGGAUGUAAUAUGAGACUCAGUUAGACAGGGUUAUAGUCAGGGCAGAGCUGGGAUGUAAUAUGAGACUCAGUUAGACAGGGUUUAUAGUCAGGGCAGAGCUAGGAUGUAAUAUGAGACUCAGUUAGACCAGGGUUAUAGUCAGGGCAGAGCUGGGAUGUAAUAUGAGACUCAGACAGGGUUAUAGUCAGGGCAGAGCUGGGAUGUAAUAUGAGACUCAGACAGGGUUAUAGUCAGGGCAGAGCUGGGAUGUAAUAUGAGACUCAGACAGGGUUAUAGUCAGGGCAGAGCUGGGAUGUAAUAUGAGACUCAGACAGGGUUAUAGUCAGGGCAGAGCUGGGAGGUAAUAUGAGACUCAGACAGGGUUUAUAGUCAGGGCAGAGCUGGGAUGUAAUAUGAGACUCAGACAGGGUUAUAGUCAGGGCAGAGCUGGGAUGUAAUAUGAGACUCAGACAGGGUUAUAGUCAGGGCAGAGCUGGGAUGUAAUAUGAGACUCAGACAGGGUUAUAGUCAGGGCAGAGCUGGGAUGUAAUAUGAGACUCAGACAGGGUUAUAGUCAGGGCAGAGCUGGGAUGUAAUAUGAGACUCAGACAGGGUUAUAGUCAGGGCAGAGCUGGGAUGUAAUAUGAGACUCAGACAGGGUUAUAGUCAGGGCAGAGCUGGGAUGGUAAUAUGAGACUCAGACAGGGUUUAGUCAGGGCAGAGCUGGGAUGUAAUAUGAGACUCAGACAGGGUUAUAGUCAGGGCAGAGCUGGGAUGUAAUAUGAGACUCAGUUAGACAGGGUUUAUAGUCAGGGCAGAGCUGGGAUGUAAUAUGAGACUCAGACAGGGUUAUAGUCAGGGCAGAGCUGGGAUGUAAUAUGAGACUCAGACAGGGGUUAUAGUCAGGGCAGAGCUGGGAUGUAAUAUGAGACUCAGACAGGGUUUAUAGUCAGGGCAGAGCUGGGAGGUAAUAUGAGACUCAGUUAGACAGGGUUAUAGUCAGGGCAGAGCUGGGAUGUAAUAUGAGACUCAGACAGGGUUAUAGUCAGGGCAGAGCUGGGAUGUAAUAUGAGACUCAGUUAGACAGGGUUAUAGUCAGGGCAGAGCUGGGAUGUAAUAUGAGACUCAGUUAGACAGGGUUAUAGUCAGGGCAGAGCUGGGAUGUAAUAUGAGACUCAGUUAGACAGGGUUAUAGUCAGGGCAGAGCUGGGAUGUAAUAUGAGACUCAGACAGGGUUAUAGUCAGGGCAGAGCUGGGAUGUAAUAUGAGGCUCAGACAGGGUUAUAGUCAGGGCAGAGCUGGGAUGUAAUAUGAGACUCAGACAGGGUUAUAGUCAGGGCAGAGCUGGGAUGUAAUAUGAGACUCAGACAGGGUUAUAGUCAGGGCAGAGCUGGGAUGUAAUAUGAGACUCAGACAGGGUUAUAGUCAGGGCAGAGCUGGGAUGUAAUAUGAGACUCAGACAGGGUUAUAGUCAGGGCAGAGCUGGGAUGUAAUAUGAGACUCAGUUAGACAGGGUUAUAGUCAGGGCAGAGCUGGGGUGUAAUAUGAGACUCAGUUAGACAGGGUUAUAGUCAGGGCAGAGCUGGGAUGUAAUAUGAGACUCAGACAGGGUUAUAGUCAGGGCAGAGCUGGGAUGGUAAUAUGAGACUCAGACAGGGUUAUAGUCAGGGCAGAGCUGGGAUGUAAUAUGAGACUCAGUUAGACAGGGUUUAUAGUCAGGGCAGAGCUGGGAUGUAAUAUGAGACUCAGUUAGACAGGGUUAUAGUCAGGGCAGAGCUGGGAUGUAAUAUGAGACUCAGUUAGACAGGGUUAUAGUCAGGGCAGAGCUGGGAUGUAAUAUGAGACUCAGUUAGACAGGGUUUAGUCAGGGCAGAGCUGGGAUGUAAUAUGAGACUCAGACAGGGUUAUAGUCAGGGCAGAGCUGGGGUGUAAUAUGAGACUCAGUUAGACAGGGUUUAUAGUCAGGGCAGAGCUGGGAUGUAAUAUGAGACUCAGACAGGGUUAUAGUCAGGGCAGAGCUGGGAUGUAAUAUGAGACUCAGACAGGGUUAUAGUCAGGGCAGAGCUGGGAUGUAAUAUGAGACUCAGACAGGGUUAUAGUCAGGGCAGAGCUGGGGUGUAAUAUGAGACUCAGUUAGACAGGGUUAUAGUCAGGGCAGAGCUGGGAUGUAAUAUGAGACUCAGACAGGGUUAUAGUCAGGGCAGAGCUGGGAUGUAAUAUGAGACUCAGUUAGACAGGGUUAUAGUCAGGGCAGAGCUGGGAUGUAAUAUGAGACUCAGACAGGGUUAUAGUCAGGGCAGAGCUGGGAUGUAAUAUGAGACUCAGACAGGGUUAUAGUCAGGGCAGAGCUGGGGUGUAAUAUGAGACUCAGUUAGACAGGGUUAUAGUCAGGGCAGAGCUGGGAUGUAAUAUGAGACUCAGACAGGGUUAUAGUCAGGGCAGAGCUGGGAUGUAAUAUGAGACUCAGUUAGACAGGGUUAUAGUCAGGGCAGAGCUGGGAUGUAAUAUGAGACUCAGACAGGGUUAUAGUCAGGGCAGAGCUGGGAUGUAAUAUGAGACUCAGUUAGACAGGGUUAUAGUCAGGGCAGAGCUGGGAUGUAAUAUGAGACUCAGUUAGACUCUCUCGUCUCUCGUCUCUCAUCGAGAAAACCCCUUAUUAGGAAGAGAGCGUGUACGGUUGAGAAAACCCCUUAUUAGGAAGAGAGCGUGUACGGUUGAGAAAACCCCUUAUUAGGAAGAGAGUGAGUACGGUUGAGAAAAUGGAAGAGGAAGGAAGAGGGAUUAUUAUUAAUGAUCUUUGAAAGACGGUCCUGAAAAAGGGACAUUUCUUUUUUUGCUGAGUCUAUUUCUACAUGUUGUCAGGCCUGCUCUGUACUAAAUCUUAUUGAGAGAGGUUAUCUACAUUUUGUGUCAGGCAUCAAUCAAUCAAUCAAUCAAAUGUAUUUAUAAAGCCCUUUUUACAUCAGCAGAUGUCACAAAGUGCUAUACAGAAACCCAGCCUAAAACCCCAAACAGCAAGCAAUGCAGAUGUAGAAGCACAGUGGCUAGGAAAAACUCCCUAGAAAGGCAGAAACUUAGAGAGGAACCAGGCUCUGGAGUAAAUGUCAGUUGGCUUUUCAUAGCCAAGCAUUCAGAGGUCGAGUCAGCAGGUGCGGUAGAGAGAGAGAGAGUUGAAAACAGCAGGUCCGGGAAAAGGUAGCACGUCCGGUGAACAGGUCAGGGUUCCAUAGCCGCAGGCAGAAGAGUGGAAACUGGAGCAGCAGCACGACCAGGUGGACUGGGGACAGCCAGGAGUCAUCAGGCCAGGUAGUCCUGAGGCAUGGUCCUAGGGCUCAGGUCCUCUGGGAGGGGAGGGAGAGAGGACCAGGUGGACUGGGGGACAGCCAGGAGUCAUCAGGCCAGGUAGUCCUGAGGCAUGGUCCUAGGGCUCAGGUCCUCUGGGAGGGGAGGGGGAGAGAGAGAAUUAGAGGGAGAAUACUUAAAUUCACACAGGACACCGGAUAAGACAGGACAAUAACACCAGAUAUAACAGACUGACCCUAGCCCCCCGGCACAUAGACUAUUGCAGCAUAGAUACUGGAGGCUGAGACAGGGGGGAGGCUGAGACUGUGGCCCCGUCCGACGAUACCCCCAGACAGGGCCAACCAGGCAGGAUAUAACCCCACCCACUUUGCCAAAGCACAGCCCCCACACCCCCAGAGGGAUAUCAACAGACCACCAACCUACUACCCUGAGACAAGGCUGAGUAUAGCCCACGAAGAUCUCCUCCACCGCACGACCCCAAGGGGGCGCAAAACCGGACAGGAAGAUCAGGCAUGGUCUUCACUAAAUCUUAUUGAGGGAGGUUAUCUACAUUUUGAAAUAGUCUCUGAAUAGUUGUUUUGCAUUUUUACAUUGUUACAGAAGUUACAAUUGUUGUUAAUCAAAUAGCCUAUUUUGUGUUUUGAAAUACUUUCUGAAUAUUGUCCUCUGGUCACAUUUUGGAUAAUAGUUUUAUUCAUAUGUACAUAAUAUUUAUUAGUAUUAUAUAUUAUACUUAGUACAUAUUGAGUGAGUAAUUUAGUCAAAUUUACUGCAAUUUAAAUACUCUAGGGGUUUUUCGCUGUGUUGAGUGUUAAUCGUUGUUUGAUAGUGCGUGUCUUUACACACUGGAGGACAAAAUGAGUGUUAUUCCUCUUGACCUGAAUGGGGUGUCAUAUUAAAGAAGAGGUCGUGCUCUUUAAAACUACGUCACCUUGUAAUUGUCAUUUGUUCUUUGUUUUUGAGCCAUGUCUCAGUAAUCUGCAGCAGCAUUCUAUCAUUAUAUUGGGGUCUGAAGGGUUAACACGUCACAUACAUUGCAUGGAUUCACUCUGUGUGCAAUAAUAGUGUUUAACACGAUUUUGAAUGACUACCUCACCUCUGUACCCCGGCAGUGAAUUUCAAACAGAUUCAACCACAAAGACCAGGGAGGUUUUCCAAUGCCUCGGCAAAGAAGGGCAUCGGUUGGGAGAUGGGUAAAAAUUAAAGAAGCAAACAUUGAAUUUCCCUUUGAGCAUGGGGAAGUUAUUUAAUUACACUUUGAAUGGAUACAGGCGUCCUUCCUAACUCAGUUAACGGAGAAGAAGGAAACCACUUAGGGAUUUCACCAUGAGGCCAAUGGUGACUUUAAAACAGUUACAGAGUUUAAUGGCUGUGAUAGGAGAAAACUGAGGAUGGAUCAACAUCAUUGUAGUUACUCUACAAUACUAACCUAAAUGACAGAGUGAAAAGAAGGAAUACAAAUAUUCCAAAACAUGCAUCCUGUUUGCAACAAGGCACUAAAGUAAUACUGCAAACAAUUUGGCAAAUCAAUUAACUUUUUGUCUUGAAAACAAAGUGUUAUGUUUGGGGCAAAUCCAAUACAACACAUUACUGAGUACCGCUCUCCAUAUUUUCAAGCAUAGUGGUGGCUGCAUCAUGUUAUGGGUAUGCUUGUAAUCGAUAAGGACUGGGGAGUUUUUCAGGAUAAAAAACGGAAUGGAGCUUAGCACAGGAAAAAUCCUGGAGGAAAACCUGGUUGUCGGCUUUCCACCAGACACUGGGAGAUGAAUUCACCUUUCAGCAGGACAAUAACCCAAAACACAAGGCCAAAUCUACACUGGAGUUGCUUACCAAGAAGACAGUGAAUGUUCCUGAGUGGCGGAGUUAGUUUUGACUUAAAUCUACUUGAAUAUCUAUAGCAAGACCUGAAACAGGUUGUCUAGCAAUGAUCAACAACCAAUUUGACAGAGCUUGAAGAAUUUUGAAAAAAAUAAUGGGCAAAUGUUGCACAAUCCAGGUGUGGAGAGCUCUUAGAGACUUACCCAGAAAGACUCACAGCUGUAAUCGCUGCCAAAGGUGCUUCUACAAACUAUUGACUGAAGUGUGAUUACUUAUGGAAAUUAUAUAUUUCUGUAAUACAUUUUCAAUACAUUUGCUAAAAUGUCUAAAAACAUGUUUUCACGUUGUAAUUAUGGGGUAUUGUGUAUAGGUGGGUGAGUGGCUUUUUUUUUUUAAUCAAUUUUUAAUUCAGGCUGUAACACAACAAAAUGUGGAAUAAGUCAAGGGGUAUGAAUACUUUCUGAAAGCCCUGUAUGUAUAUAUAGAUAUGGGUACAAUAUAAACAUAGUCAUGACAUUAUGAUUUACCAAAUAGUUAAUCAUACCAAAUAGUCAGAGGGUUGAUGUUCCUGGGAGAGAGCUUUGAGAGAGUUUUGAGCUUGGCUAGUUCUUGUUAGUUCCUUCCAGUAAAACACACAUCUCUUCCUUUCCAGGAAAUGAGCUCAGCCGUGUUGACGAACUGCAGCUAACCGGCCAUCCCCAGGCUCCCCAGAUCACCAGGAGGGCCAGAGACCCUGGGAGAGGGAGGUUUAGAUAGAGAGGACAGACCUGGAUGCCCACGCAGGAAGCCUGUCCAGGGUCUCCGCUUCAGCUCCACAGGGGACUUUGUAGGCUUUGUCAGCCUAGGGUCCAGUUGCUCUUCUGGGGAUAGUCCUGGAGACUGGAGACUGGAGCCUUGGGAUGGAGCUCAUCCUACCAACAGAGACAACACAGGCCUUCAGGGGAGCAGGAGCAACGGUGGAGGGGUUGACUGCAUAACCAAAGGACUGUUAGUGCAAUCUACUCUCAAAGAGUGGAAUGGCCGAGUAUUGACUAGAGUGAAUGUGGCUAUACAGAACUGCAGGACUGAGAACAACCUUCUAGGAGAAAACAGCUGUGGACCUCUGUCAGGGAAAACAACCAGAAAGACCUGA